CCAAAUAGCCACCAUGGAAUCAACAUCUAACAACUACGAGCGGAACUGUGUUCUGUGUUGUCAGGAGCUCGACAUCUUCGCCCUGGGGAAAUGCGACCACCCGGUGUGUUACCGCUGCUCGACCAAAAUGAGGGUGCUGUGCGACCAGAAGUACUGCGCCGUGUGCCGGGAGCAGCUCGACAAGGUGCUGUUUGUGCAGAAGUUGGUGGCGUUCUCCUCUCAGCCCCUCCAGACGCUGCAGGUGGAAAGGAAACAUGACAUCUACUUUACAGACUCCAAGAUAUACGCUCAGUUCAGGACACUGCUGCAGUCUGAGUGUCCUGUGUGUCCAGAGUCUAAAGUCUUCUCGAAGUUUGAGGAGUUGGAGCAGCACAUGAGGAAACAGCACGAACUCUUCUGUUGCAAACUCUGUACCAAACACCUGCAGAUCUUCUCCCAUGAGAGGAAGUGGUAUAACCGGAAGGAUCUGGCACGUCACCGUACCCAUGGUGACCCAGAUGACACGUCUCACCGCGGACACCCGCUCUGCAAGUUCUGUGAUGACCGUUACCUUGACAACGACGAGCUGCUGAAACACCUCCGUAGAGAUCAUUACUUCUGUCACUUCUGUGAUGCUGACGGAGCCCAGGAGUACUACAGUGACUACCAGUACCUGAGCGAACACUUCCGGGAGGCCCACUACCUGUGUGAGGAGGGGCGCUGUGCUACGGAGCAGUUCACCCACGCCUUCAGGAGCCAGAUCGACUACAAGGCCCACAAGGCCUCGGCACACAGCAAGAACCGAGCCGAAGCACGACAGAACCGACACAUAGACCUGCAGUUCAGCUAUGCCCCUCGCCAGACCCGACGCAACGAUGGAGGCAUGGUGUCUGGAGAGGACUAUGAGGAGGCGAGGUCGGGUCGGGGGGGAAGAGGAAGGAGCCAAGGGAACCAACCGAACACCAGAGGUAGCUGGAGAUACAACCGUGAGGAGGAGGACAGGGAGUUGGCAGUAGCAGUCAGAGCCUCUUUGAUGCAGCAGAGGAGACGGGAGGACGGAGGACGAGACUCCCAGGACAGGAGCGCAGCGCCCAAACACCGCAAAGAGGAGCGGAUGGAGAGGCCCGAGCGGAUGGAGAGGCCCGAGCGGAUGGAGAGGCCCGAGCGGAUGGAGAGGCCCGAGCGGAUGGAGAGGCCCGAGCGGAUGGAGAGGCCCGAGCGGAUGGAGAGGCCCGAGCGGAUGGAGAGGCCCGAGCGGAUGGAGAGGCCCGAGCGGAUGGAGAGGCCCGAGCGGAUGGAGAGGCCCGAGCGGAUGGAGAGGCCCGAGCGGAUGGAGAGGCCCGAGCGGAUGGAGAGGCCCGAGCGGAUGGAGAGGCCCGAGCGGAUGGAGAGGCCCGAGCGGAUGGAGAGGCCCGAGCGGAUGGAGAGGCCCGAGCGGAUGGAGAGGCCCGAGCGGAUGGAGAGGCCCGAGCGGAUGGAGAGGCCCGAGCGGAUGGAGAGGCCCGAGCGGAUGGAGAGGCCCGAGCGGAUGGAGAGGCCCGAGCGGAUGGAGAGGCCCGAGCGGAUGGAGAGGCCCGAGCGGAUGGAGAGGCCCGAGCGGAUGGAGAGGCCCGAGCGGAUGGAGACUGAGGAGAGACACAGGAGUGUUCCAGUCAAACCUCUAGCAGAAGCUCCCGUGAGGACCAUGAAGAGUAACCCUCUGACAGGAGACGACUUCCCAGCCCUCCUGGGGGCUGCAGCACCCACACUGAGUGUAAAGCCUCCCCCAGCCCUGAAGACUCCGGCCCAGGUCCCUCUGAAGGAGGAUGACUUCCCCAGUCUAUCUGCUGCCAUGGUUAUGACCCCCAUGACCCCCGCCUACUCCGCCCAACCCAGGAAGCACUCCUCCUUCCAAGAAGAAGACUUCCCCGCCCUGGUCUCUAAGAUCCGCCCUCCCAGACAAACGGGCGGAGCUACCUCAGCCUGGAGCCAAGCCAGCAGCAGCAGAAACACCUCCAAGACGGUCAUCCUUCCCUCCUCUUCCUCUAGACCUCCCCCUAACAACCCUCCUCUCCCCCUCCCCGCCGGCCCCCAGCUCCUCUCCUCCUCCUCUUCCUCUCGGAGGAAAAAGCUCCCCGUGCGCCGCCCCUCCCCCCCAUCUGAUGAUGACAAUUGCGUUGCCAAGACGAUGCAGGAGCACCGAGCAGUUCCAACCAUGUUGGAUAUCUCCUCUCUUCUCAUCGUCAAAGGACCCUCUAAAUCUGCCCCUACUGCCUCUAAGCCCCUCCCACCAACCGCCAAGCCUCCCCCACUGACAGCUAAGCCCCUCCCACCAACCUCUAAGCCCUCCCUCGUGACAUCUAACCCCACUCCUAUUCCCGCCCCAAGCCCCACAUCCAAGACAGCCAAGAAGAAGAAACAGGCCACGCCCCCUCCAUCAUCAUUUGGGAACCAAGUUCCUGUCCUCAUGGAAACGGUCUCCAGGGUACAGAAGGAGAACGUUCCGGAGAGCCACGCCUUCAAGCCACUGGUUGCUGUGACGACGGCAGCAGUUAAAACCGCUGUAAAAGCAAAGGUCAAAGCAAGUGGAUUGGCUAACGGCCACCUGGAAAAACCAGUCACAGUGGCCCCCCUCCCUAAAGCCCAGCCGGAACCCCCCCUGGAGGAAGAGGAGGAGUUCCCUGCCCUCAUCUCCAAGAAACCCCCCCCAGGCUUUAAAAGUGCCUUCGUCCUGAAGAGUUCUGCCCCCCCCAGAAACCUGUCUCCCCCUCCCCCCGGCCAGGGCAGCACCACCCCUCCCAGUAAGCCCCCCCCAGGGUUUACCGGCAUCCCCCUCAACAGCAACGUGGUGGAGCCUGCCCCCCCUGCAUCCAGCCCCCGCUCUCCCCAGUCCCCGGGGGUGUACCUGGCUCCAGAGAACUUCCAGCAGAGGAACAUGGCACUGAUCCAGUCCAUUAAGAACCUCCUGCAGAACGACCAGUCACGAUUCAACCAGUUCAAGGACUACUCUGGACAGUUUAGACAGGGUCUGAUGUCAGCCGUGCUGUACCACCAGAGCUGUAGGACUCUGUUAGGGGACAACUUUGGCGGCGUCUUCAAUGAGCUGCUGGUGCUACUUCCUGACACGAGGAAACAGCAGGAGCUGCUGACGGCCCACGCAGACGACCGGGCCAUGGAAAGACAGGGAGGAGGCGGGACCAGGAAGAACAGGAAGAGUGCCUGGCAGACCCCCUCCAGCGCCAUCUCUAAUGCAGCCGCGCUGGACUGCCAGGUAUGCCCCACCUGCUGCCAGGUGCUGGACCCUAAAGACUUCAACUCCCAUAAGACCUUGCACCUGGGGGACAACGAGGACUUCCCCUCCCUGCAGGACAUCAGCCGCAUCAUCAGCUAGCCCUGGCCUGGGACAGACAUGCACACUGCCCAAUCACAGCCCUGCCUGUUGCCAUUCAGGGGGAGCCUGUUUCCAUGGUGACCAUGGCCAGAGAGGACGUUGGGUAGUGUAUUUGAUGGCGAGGCUGGGGCCAGCAGGAGGUUGAACUUAAUUCUGGUUGCCAGAUGUUGCCGGUGUGAUUCCGGCUGGACCUGGACCCAGCCUGGAGACCCGAACCUGGAGGGCCCUACAAGUACCACAUGUUGUGUAUUAAUAAGAAGAAUGGUUCUAUAUAUUUGAUUUUUCUCCCCCCUCUCUUCUGAUCACAUUUCCAUGAUGUUGAUAAAGUGUUGAAGGAGUGACAGUUGUUUUAUCAGGUUUGAUGACUGAGGAGAGUUUAUUAAGUCAGACCCUCUACUACUCCCUCAGAGACAGUCAGACCCUCUACUACUCCCUCA